GGUGCAGUAGAAACAAGGUUAAAUAGUCGCUGGAAUUAGCAGCUUCCACUCAAGCCAAAAAAGCUGUAUGGGCCCCUAAAUGCAACAGAGGGCAGUAUUCCACAAGGAGACAUCUUUGCUGUCAUUGUCGAACCAGUCAAUGCCAGUAAUGGCUAACCUUUAGCGUCAAUAACAAAUCCUUUGUCUCUUCUACUGUAGUGAUCACAUUGGAUUAAUGGGCACAAAUAAAAUUGUGGAUGUUUGUGGACAUUGCAAUUUUGAUCAAUGCUAUAUAAAGUCAAUUUAAACCAUCACUCCAGCCAUUAGAAUAUCUUUCUGCAACUUACUUAGGUUUAUUUAAAUGAGACAAAGACAAAGUCUUCCUCAUCCUCAGAAAGAGAGGUAGGCAUAAGGGACAGGAAUAAAGAAAAGGUUGAUAAGAAUGAAAAAAAAAAAAAAAGAUGACUGAAAGAUUGACUCCAAGAAGUAGAAAGUUUGAAAAAAUAGGCUAUUCUGGAAAAGGCCAAUAUGUCAGUAUUUGCUGAUAUCCUGUUUUCGACUUUUCCUCUUUCAGUUUUUUGUAAAAACAAAUUUAUUUUGUAACUCCCACAAUCGUGAAAACAACUGAAUGACGAGACUAAUUGGGCAGAUAAGGCCAGAGUGAGCGCCCUAAUUGGACGCCUAUACAUGAGGGCUGCGGGCCUCCCAUUGUGCGAUCCUCCCUAGUCACACUGUCCACUAGGUCCCAUUGUGCGGUCCUCCCUGCUCACACUGUCCACUAGGUCCCAUUGUGCGGUCCUCCCUGCUCACACUGUCCACCGGAUCCACGCUGCAGGCCUACUGGACGUGUUCGUCUGCAGGGUUCGGGUUUAAUAUUGCAGCUCUGGAAUGUAAUUUUCACCAUUCAUGAUUUUAACACGUGAGCAGAAAAUACAAUCCAACAUUCGACAUGGCAGCCGAUGAACUCACUGAACUCAAAGAGACAGAGUACAUUACUGAAGAUGAACCAACAAGGUCUUCGCAGGGGGGGAUGUCUCGCACACAGGUCUUCACUUUAAUAUCCGUGGCUUCUGUCAACUUUGGCUCAAUGAUCUGCUAUUCAAUACUUGCACCAUUCUUCCCCCACGAGGUGAGCUUUGGAGCUGCACUCACCAACACAGUUGAAUCACAAUCAACAUUCAUCAUUGUUUGCAUCUAUAUGUUUCACCCAUAUAAAUACCUUGAAGCACUUAACACAUUGUCCAACAUGGCCUUCAAAUAUCAAAACAGACUGACUAAAAUAACUAUUGAAAAAAUAUUUGAGCUGGUAGGCCUAAGCCAAGCAUCCCUUAGGUUCCGAGACCCACUAAAUAAUCAUGGCUCUAUCCAAACGCAGGCGUUACAGAAGGGUGCCAGCCAGACUGUGGUCGGUCUCAUAUUUGGCUGCUAUGCGCUCAGCAACUUCAUUGGUUCACUGAUAAUGGGAAGAUAUAUUGUCCAGAUUGGUGCAAAACUCAUGCUUGUGUCAGGCCUGUUUGUGUCAGGAGGAUGCACUAUCAUGUUUGGAUUCCUUGACAGAGCUCCCUCAGGGUCCGUGUUCAUCUCCCUCUGCUUCAUUGUGAGGAGUGUCGACGCUAUGGGCUUCGCUGCGGCCUUCACCUCUUCUACUGCAUUGGCAUCUAAAGUCUUCCCACACAAUGUAGCGACCAUUUUGGGUAGUCUGCAGAUAUUUACCGGACUGGGUCUCAUUCUGGGGCCUCCUUUAGGAGGCUGGCUGUACCAGGCCGCUGGAUACGAACUUCCUUUCCUUGUUCUGGGCUGUAUCCUACUGCUGAUGGUGCCAUUUAACAUGAUUGUCAUGCCCAGCUGUGACGCAGACCCUUCUGAGGAUUCCUUCAUCAAAUUACUGAGACUCCCAAAAGUAUUGCUGCUAUGCUUCUUCAUCUUCACCUUUAGCUCAGGGCUGGGAUUCCUGGACACAACCUUAUCCUUAUUCGCGAUGGACAAGUUCCAUCUCAGCCCCAGCCACGUGGGCCUCAUCUUCCUGGCCUUCUCCUUACCUUACUGUCUGAGCUCGCCCCUUCUCGGUUUCUUUGCUGAUAAAUAUCCUGAUGUGAGGGGCUGGUUCUUGGUGUCUGGCGGUCUUCUCAUGGCACUUGGCUUCUGUUUUCUUGGUCCUGCUCCAUUCUUUCACCUGCCCAGCCAGCUGUGGCUGACCAUCUUCAUGCUGUCUGUGAACGGCUUCGGGACCGGUAUUGGUAUCACGCCUAUUUUACCAGAAGUCAUCACCUCUGCAUAUGAGCAGGGUUUCGUAAAUGGACUUGGCACUCUGGGAAUGGUGUCUGGACUGUUUGGGGCCUGUUGGUCCAUGGGGAUGUUGUAUGGACCAAUGAUGGGGGGCCUCCUCACACAGCAUCUAACGUUUGAGUGGGCAGCAUUUAUCCAAGGAGGGCUCUCAGGUCUGGCUGCCACCCUUCUUGGUUUCUAUUAUCUCACUGAAAGACUGAAGAAGCCCAGUGAUGCACAGGAGAAUGGAAUAACGACACCAGGAGAAGAAACCACUCUGUUGGCCUGACGGGCAGCUUCUGCUUACAUCAGUAACAUUAACAGUUAAUAUAAAUGUUGUUAUUAUUAUGUUGUUACUUUUCAUGAUUUGAGAAUAUAACUGAAAUGCUUUAUAAAGGGAUUGCAGCAAAUAUAAAUAGGGGUAAUGUAGACCUAUGUCAUUGUAUUUAAUUUAAUCAUUUGUUUAUUUUUAAUAUUGAUAAUACAGUAUUUUUUUAACACUUAUUCUGUCAUUAAGAUGUGAAAUAUAAUAAAUAUAUAUGCAACGGUCUCGUUGAAUUAAUAAUUGCAUUGCAAACAUUCAUUGUGACUUAAUUCCUGAAGAAUGAAUUGUAAUUUGUAGAACGGUGGUAACGGUUUGUUU